AUGCAUCGGAAGCCCGUGACGUCUGUGAAGGAGCCUCAGCUCACCCUGGAUUUGGCGCCACAUUCUGACGCCGAUGCCUUGAGUGAGUCUCCAACUGAGACGGAGCUGAGGCAGAAGAUCAGCCGAGGAAGCGUCAAAAGCGCACUCUGGGCAUUCUUCUCUGAGUAUUGCAACAACAGCAGCAUUCACGGGGUGAAGUACUUGGGCGAGAGACGAAGGCCGUGGGCUGAGAGAGUGUGGUGGGGUGUGGUCUUCCUGCUCUCCAUUUACUCCUGCUUCAGCUUCAUAGGGUCAUCUUGGCGACGAUGGCACCAGAGCCCGGUUAUUGUGACCUUUGCGGACAAAUCCACGCCCGUGUGGCAAAUUCCCUUCCCCGCCGUCACCAUUUGCCCGGAAACCAAGGUGAAGAUGGAAUAUUUGAACUAUACGAAAGCUUUCAACCAAUUACGCUCCAUGCACAGUCCAUUGUAUGAAGGUGAACCGGAUAAUCUCACUGCAACGGAACAACAUCGUCUAGAGAGUAUUUAUCAACUGUGCAACUUUAAUGUAAUCAGUAGUGUCGAUUUCGGCCCUCCGGAAGUAAAUGAUACUUUUGCAGACACUCUCAGAGAAAUGUCCCCAGAGAGCAAGGACAUUUUCCUCGUGUGCAUGUGGAGAAAUUUUGUGAGCGGCUGCGGCUCUUUCGCUCCAAUUCUCACUGAGGAGGGUUUUUGCUACACAUUCAACGCUCUCAACGCAUCAGAAAUCUACCGUCCAGUUGCUCUCCAUCCUGGCUACGAAUAUCCUCUAGUGGACGAAGAGUCAUUCCGAUGGAGCCUCGAGGAUGGCUACACAAGUGCUGCUCCACUGGAAACCCAUCCGCAACGUGUGCUUGGCUCAGGCGUCCGAGGAGGAUUGUUCGUUUGGUUGCAAUCGGCUGUGAAGGAUUUUGAUUACAUGUGUCGCGGUGCGACGCAAGGCUUCAAGCUCUUGCUUCACACGCCCGGAGAGAUUCCCAUGGUGUCCAAGCACUACAUGCGAAUCCCGCUGAACCAAGAGAUCACAGUCACAGUGAAGCCUAGCAUGUUCACAACGUCAGACGGACUGAUGGGCUACAAUCCCUCCAGACGGCAGUGCUUCUUCAAUCACGAGCGAGAGCUGGAGUUCUUCAGGGUUUACACUCAAAGCAACUGCGAACUGGAGUGUCUGUCGAAUUACACGAAAGAGAGGUGCGGAUGUGUUAAAUUCUCAAUGCCUCGACAUGCAGACACUCCAAUUUGUGGAUCUGCGAUGAUUCAGUGCUAUCGUCAAGCUGAAUAUGAACUGCUGCAGUUGGAAAUCCAGGAAGAUUUGAGUAAGAUUUCCAACAGAACUUGCAACUGUUUGCCAGCUUGCACAUCAAUUGUAUACGAUUCGGAGAUUUCACAGACUGAGGCUGAUGUGGAGAAACUGUUUAAUGCAUAUGAAAUACCUGCAGAUGAGUUUUCAGGGUUUCAAAUGUCAACUCUAACGAUCUUCUUCAAAGACACGCAAUUCAUCACGUCCAGACGCUCUGAACUCUACGGCCUGACCAACUUUAUCGCCAACUGUGGAGGUCUUCUGGGCCUCUUCAUGGGAGUGUCCUUGCUCAGUUUGUUUGAGAUCAUUUAUUUCUGCAGCAUUCGACUCGUCAACAAUAUCAGAAUGCGAAGGAGAAGCAAGAAAGCAGCUUCUCACGUUGUUGUCCAGAAGCCACUUAAAGCUCUGGUUUAGAAACCCUAUUUUUAACCAUUCUGUAUUAUUAUAACACCCACUCGCAC